AUGUCGGUCUUGAUGCGUUUCUGGGGCGUGGAGGUGAAGGCGGGCGAGACUGUGGAGGUGGACCCUCGGGAUAUUGCGGACUAUGUUCACAUUACUCAGGUUGCCCUGGGUGCAUCUGCCAAGGCAGGCGAGCGAGUGGCCGUCACAAUCACCACCGCCCCACCUGCUGAGGAUGAUAGUGACGAGGAGGAGGACGAGCAGAUGGGGAACGGUGAUGAGAAGAUCAAGGGGAGUGCAGAGGGGUUCAGUGCGGUGGUGGCCGUGCUCCAAGCAGGGGAGAAGGACCAGGCGAGGGUGCAAUUGGUGUUGGAACGGCCGUUCUCUCUGGCUCAUGGCGGCACGGGGAGUGUGUUUCUGAGCGGAUACAAGACCAUGCAGGAGUACCCGGAUGGGGGAGAGGCCCAAGAGGACCCGUUUGCUGAUAUUGAGGAGGAGGAGGAAGAGGAGGAAGAAGAAGAGGAGGAUGAUGAGGAGGCGAUUGAGAGGGAGGCGGCAAAGGAGAUAGCAGCGCUGCAGGCGGAGCUAGCCACGAAGAAAGCGAAGAAGGCUCAGAAGGCAGCGGCAAAGCUGGCAACGCUCGCAGCAGCACAAGAAGAGAAGAAGAAGGCUGAGAAAGUGACAGGCGAAGGGAGCAAGGGCGCAGAGGGCGCUGAGGGCGCUGAGGGAUCAGAGGAGGCGAAGGGAGGGAGUGCUAAGGGGACCGAGGGGGCAAAGGGAGGGAGUGCAAACGGCGAGGGGAAGGGGAAGAGGAGAAGGGGGAAGAAGGGGAAGGAGGAGGGGACCCCGGGCAAGGAAGAUAAGGCGAUGCCCACCACACCAGCAACCACACCUGUCCCCCGCGCCCCGGCUCCAACACCAGCCAAGCCAGUGCCCAACCCCCCCACUCCUGGCGCCACACUGGCCAAAGCCGCCUCUGCUCUCGCCAAAGCAGCGCCUGCGGCCUCCCCUGCUAAAGCGUCCACUCCCGCAAAAGCAGCCAAGGCAGGAAAGGCAGCAGGGACUCCUGCUAAGGAGGGUUCAGCGCUGGGUAAAGCAGCCACAGCAGCCAAGACAGCAACUCCUGAAAGCGGGAUUGUGUGCGGGAAAUGUAACAAGUGA